UUGGACUCAUGCAAGUUACCGAGAGUUUUCUCGUUGGCCUGACUGUGUGAGGUUACUGUUUCGCGUCUCUCUUAGCACUUAGCAGCGUUAGUUGCCUGCUACGCUGCUCCUUCCUUCCGCGGCUUUACGGAAAGAUGGUUUUGUCAACAUCACAACAAGUCGCUCUGGCUUUCACGGGCGUGCUCUUCAUGUUUGUCGUGCUGCCGCGGUUGUACGGCUUUGGCAGCGGGACCGCGGCGAAGGACGCCAAACUGGACGCUCGUCACAGCAGAAAAGCAGGCCCAGCGCGAGGGCAGCCCAUCAAUAUGAACGGCGCCGGCCAGUCCCCGGAGAACUUGCAGCAGAUGAAGAAACGGGUGGAGCAAGAGCUGAAGAGUGACAAAUACAAAUCGAGCAGCAAUAAGGGCUACGUGUUCACGCUGAUGCCGCUCUACGCCAUUGGAGUGGGAGUGUUUGCAGCAUACAAGUUUUUGAAGAUCAGGUCUACAGACGACAAGGCCCAAAAGGACAAGUUUGCAAAAGGGGCCAAAAAAUCCAUGGAGGCAGAGAACCAGUUGAACGAGCUGGAACAAAGGCUUGCACAGACAGAGAGGAUGCUCAAUUCCAUCCUCACCCAGCUGGACCCGCUGACCAACUGCGUGAAGUCGGUGGCCCAGGAACAGAAGAAUGAGAUCAUGUCUCAGCUGCAGACCAUUCGGUACCUGAUGAAGAAGAGAGGAAUGGACUGUCCACCCCUCCAUGCCACCAGUGGCGAGCGUAAUCUGGACGACCUGAUUGAGUCCCUUGGGGCAAGUGAUACUUCAGACAAGCAGCCGUCCAGCGAGAAAGCAGAGCCUACUGCAAGAGUUUCUGAAGAGCAUUCAGACAUUAAGCAUGAAGCAGAAGGUGAAGAGACGAAGGAAGUGAGACCAGAGGAAUAUGAUGGAGACGAAACAGUGGAAGAAUGUGACAGAGAGGAAGAAGAGGAGGAAGGAUGGUGGGAACACUCGGAGCUCAUACCCUCUUUAGAAGCCUCACGUGAGACGGAGGAGAUUGGGGCGGAGCAGCUCGUGUCCGGCCUCAGGCGACGCAACAGGCCUGAAUGAACCUGGACUGUGACAUUAUUACAAAUAUUUAUUCUUUAAAAAUGCUUCAGAUGUUUCCCAAAAGCCUGUCUGCAUAUUCAUCAAGACGUAUGAUAGAGUCUUUAGGAAAAGAAAGCCUGGUAACAUGUUCCCGAAGAUGGAGAUGGCACUUUGGUCUGAUCUUGUUUUCUCCUCAGCUCCACCAUGAAUUUAAAGAAUCUUAGCAACAAAGACACUCAAGAUUCAGCUUGUAGUCAGUUCGGCCUAUAAAGUCAAUGGUGCCAGUUUGCAGUUACACAAGGUAAAAGGUUCAACGAGGCUCAAAGAUUCCCAUUAAGGAGUUUCCAUGUUCCUAAAAUGUUUUUUUAAAUUCAUCCUGUUGCAUCCUAACAGAGUCUGUCAGUGAUGCUACGCAGUCUAACUUUGUCUGCGUCCUGUCGCCUGUACAGACUCAGCCACCGCACAUUUGGCUUCUCUUCUUUGUGCUGUAGCGAAAAUUAGAGACAACAGUUUGUUUAAGCUUUUUAUACACUGAUCGGAUCUACUCCUGACAUUCAUUUUAAUUUUGCUCUUACUUGAAUAUUUAAAUGCAAACACGUUGUGUUUACCUACCAGUGGGGCAGCUUGUGCCGGCUGUUUGCUCAGCCUGCAGAGACAAAGCACCGUGUCUGCUUGUGCGCUUGUUGUUCUCACCAUGAAGCAGGACGACCGGACUCUAGUGCAGGGCUGUGCUGCCACCCUCAGAUUGCUUUCGGCCUAGUUGUGAUUUGACAGCUGGGUUUAGCUGCGCUCGUGCGGAGUCUGAUAGUUUCAGGAUUUCUUCCCCAUAAAGAACAUGUUGAUCUAAAUCCCCUCUGUGCUAAUGGAAAUGACCAAGUGCUGCUGCUGGAUCCUUUUGGAACUAAAAAUAUGUCCAACGUGUGGAAAGUUGUUUAUACAUGAAAACAUUGCAUGUGUGACUUCCUUGUGUGUACGCGGUGAAUGCACGCCACAAUGACCCUCACCUGGUAUGAUAGAAACAUUUGACCUUAUGUUUCAUUUCUGUCAGCACGAGUCAUCACUUUACCUCUUCUUGCUGUUAUUUAUUUAAAUAUUUAUCUGAUGACAUUUUAACAGUCAGAGCUUACUGUGACGAGGCUCCUGUGCACCUCAGACUGCUUUUGGGUUCUCAGUAGUUUGAAGGCAGCUUCUCUUCUGUCUUUUUGCUGAUAUGAGCUAAUGGCAAGUAGUACUUCCACAAAUGAAGCUAUGGUUAUAUUAAGCAUGUGUGUGUGGUUUGCAUCUAAAUUUGCUCCAUGUGGGACUAAUGCCGAUGUAGUAAAAUGAAUCGAAUGACUUUAAAAUAAUAGAGGCUGCCCUGAGCGAUGGUCUUUACUGUCUGUUGUCAGACCAAAGCACGACUUUGCCUUAUAUGUGAAGAAAUAAAAAAACAAGACGUCACAGUUCUGACACCAACUACUCAUCAACACGUUUUGGAAAGCACUAAUGUCUGCCUUAACCUACUUACAUGUUUCAUAUUGUUAUGUUCCUAUUAUGCAUAUUAACAUUUGUGUAAUGAAGGUUGUGUGUUUUGUGUGUCUGCUGAGUCGUUAAACUUGGCUCGGCUUAGAAUGAAAUAAAAAUAAUUCAAUGUCA